AUGAAUUCUCGCAAAGUGGAAUUUCGCUUCACCAAUCUUCAAAGGAAACUCUCUUCUCCAUCACAUGCAAACUCAGUCAUCGUUGAGAUCGAUACCAAAUCUGAAGAGAUCUUUGUAAACCAAACAACCGAUCACCAAACCCGCCGGUCCACUCCGGCUACUCUAUCUUGUCUCGACACUAUCAAUCUCAGUAGUUCUAGUCACGACCACAUCCGAUCACUUCUCCGUACCCGAUUCGCUAGCCACCAUUGGUUGUGUGAUGACCUAGCCUCAGAGAUCUCAACGGCGGCUAUCGACUUAGGUUUUGGACGAAACGGUUUUACCAUCACCGUGGUCGUCACAGUUACUUACCGGACUGUCUCGGUAACGUCAAACAACAAGAAAUCUUUGAGGAUAGUUCUACUAGGAAGGAUAAAAGCAGAGGAAUUGAAGAGUUUGAAGAUGGAAACAGAGUCUUGUUCAAUCUGUCUUGAGAAUCUAGUCUCCGGUCCAAAACCUAGCGACCUCACACGCAUGACUUGUUCUCAUGUCUUCCACAAUCCCUGUCUCUUGGAGUGGUUCAUGCGUAAAAACACUUGUCCCCUGUGUCGGACGGAGCUCUACGAUCGAUGA